GCAUGCGCACUCGGGAUGAGGUCUGGAAAAAAAAAGGUUCCCGGAAGAGCCCGGGUCAGGAGUGGCCACGCCGGCUUUCCUGUCCCUUCCUGGCGAGGCUUGGGCUCGGAGGUUUGGGUUCAUCACUUAUAGAGUACUCCAGCAUUGUCUACUUAUUGAUCUGAACUUGAAUCUGUCACUGAAAGCAGCCUGGACUUCAGGAUCAAGGAGAAAGUGAAGGAUGCCAAAAAAGAAGACAGGCGCUCGCAAGAAGGCUGAGAAUCGUAAAGAACGUGAGAAACAAAUUAGAGCUUCAAGGGGCAAUAUUGAUCUGGCAAAACAUCCCUGCAAUGCUUCAAUGGAAUGUGACAAAUGCCAAAGACGGCAGAAGAAUAGAGCUUUUUGCUACUUUUGUAGUUCUGUUCAAAAGCUGCCCCUCUGUGCUCAGUGUGGGAAGACGAAAUGUAUGAUGAAAUCUUCAGACUGUGUCAUAAAACAUGCUGGUGUAUACAGCACUGGACUUGCAAUGGUGGGGGCAAUAUGCGAUUUCUGUGAAGCUUGGGUUUGCCAUGGUAGGAAAUGCCUCAGUACCCAUGCUUGUAUCUGUCCUCUUGCUGAUGCAGAAUGCAUAGAGUGUGAGAGAGGGGUCUGGGACCACGGUGGGAGAAUAUUCAGCUGCUCUUUUUGCCAUAAUUUCCUCUGUGAAGACGAUCAGUUUGAACACCAGGCUAGUUGCCAGGUUCUGGAAGCUGAGACCUUUAAAUGUGUUUCCUGUAAUCGACUUGGGCAGCAUUCAUGCCUCCGCUGCAAGGCUUGUUUCUGUGAUGACCAUACACGGAGCAAGGUUUUCAAACAUGAAAAAGGAAAGGAGCCUCCUUGCCCAAAGUGUGGGCAUGAAACACAGCAGACCAAGGACCUCAGCAUGUCAACACGGUCUCUGAGGUUUGGCCGUCAAACAGGAGGCGAAGAUGCUGAUGGGGCUUCUGGCUAUGAUGCCUAUUGGAAGAACCUUGCAGCUGGGAAAGAUACAGGUGAUCAUGAUGAGGAAUAUGAUGAAUGUGAAGCAGAUGAGGAUGAAGAUGAUGAUAACGAGGAAGGAGAGAAGGAUUCAGAAACAGAAGUGACUGAUGUGUUCAGUAACUUGAAUUUGGGAAGGACCUAUGCUAGUGGUUAUGCGCACUACGAGGAGCCUGAUGACUAAGUACCCGGAACAGGAAAUAAGUUCCCGGAAUAUAGUGGCUCGGUUUCUGGAAAGCCAGUUAUGCUUUUAUAGUGGGAUAAUAUUCGAAAGGAAUUCUAUGUGUGCUUAGUGAAUUCUGUGUUUGGCACUGGAAUAAUUUCAUUAGGUCUUCAAAUAGUAAAGCUUAUUAGGAAUCAAA